AUGGGGGACCGCCGGCGAAGUCUGUCCCACAGCCACCACAGCUCGGAGGCCGAAGGCGGGCCCGACUGGGGACAGGACGAUGAUGCCCUCGGCGUGCAGGGCACAGUGUUCAGGAGUCCAGGGACCAAGGACACCACGUGCCUGGAUGACGAGGAGCUGAGUUUUGAAGACCGAGAAGCGGAGACCCUCCCAGAGGAGGUGACUGGGGGAGAACCGCCUGGCCCCCGGGCCCCCGAGGAGGCCCUCGAGCCGCUGGAGAGGGUUCUGGAGAAAGACGCGGAGGGCAUACCUGAGAUGAGCCGGCUGUCCAUCACCCAGAGGCUCCCCAGUGCUGCCUCGGCCAGAGGGAUGAGGAGGAGGAGGAAGCGGGUCUUUGAGCUGGCAAAGCCCAAGACCAACUGGCAAGUCCUAAGAGACAGGAUGGGGUGCUGCUGUAAGGGCUAUGCCUGGGUGUCCCCGUGCAAGAGGAACUUGCAGUUCUGUGUCUACUGGCCUUCUGUGUACUGGACAGAGAGGUUUCUUGAAGACACCACCCUCACUGUCACGGUGCCAGUGGUGACGCGCCGAGUGGAGGAGCUAGCCCGACCUAAAAGGUUCUACUCGGAGUAUUUCAACAACAACAGGAGCACCUCCGUCUGGCCCGUUCCUCGCCCUACUCUGGAAUACCAAGCUUCGAGUCGCCUGAGGGAACUGGCCACCCCGAGGGUCCGGAAUAACAUUUGGAGCAUAAACAUGUCUGAGGUGUCCCAAGUAUCCAAGGCAGCCCAGAUGGCAAUCCCCAGCACAAGGAUCCUACAGCUGGCAAAGCCCAGGGCCCCAGCCACCCUGUUGGAAGAGUGGGACCCCAUGCCAAAACCCAAGCCGCACGUGUCGGACUACAAUCGCCUCCUUCACUUGGCCAUGCCCAAGGCCCAGUCGGACCAGUGUGUUCCUGACCGAGAUCCACGCUGGGAGGUGCUGGACGUCACCAAGAAGGCAGUGGCCAGUCCCCGGAUCAUCUCCCUGGCCAAGCCCAAAGUGCGCAAAGACCUCAACGAGGGCUAUGACCCCUACCACAUUUCCCCCGCGUCUCUGGUGGCUCAGGCAUCCCCUCGCUUGUACGAGCUGGCCACCCCCAAGAGCAUCACCAAAAGAGUGUGA